GUGAGUAUUACGUAUAUAUGUAUGCGAUUUUGUGAAGAGAGUAUUAACAGGGUGCUAAAGUUUUGAGAAAUUCGAACACUUCUACACGAAUUUAAUAACGUAUCCUAAAUAAGUACAUAAGAAGCUGGACUGCGACUCUUCACAAUGUCGGCAAUUCAAAAGUCCGAGGUUUUAUUCGUGUUAGGAGGCCCGGGAGCAGGCAAAGGCACUUUGUGCUAUUAUAUCACUCAGAAGUAUGGUUAUGUACACUUGUCGGCCGGUGAUCUUUUAAGAGAGGAACGCAGAAAGCCUGGCUCCGAGUACGGGGCAAUGAUUGAAAAUCAUAUUACAAAUGGAUCAAUUGUACCCGUUGCGAUCACUUGCAGCCUCUUGGAUCGUGCAAUGCAAGAGUCCGAUAACCUGCAGAAACGAUUCCUAAUUGAUGGUUUUCCACGAAAUCAAGACAAUGUGGACGGAUGGAACAAGGCAAUGUCCGAUAAAUGUGUAGUAAAAGGAGUACUGUUUUGCGAUUGUAGCCAAGAAGUAUGUACACAGCGUUGCUUGAAACGUGGUGCUGCAGGAAGCGGACGAAGUGAUGAUAAUGAAGAAGUUUUGGUGAAGAGACAUCAAUCUUAUAUUGCAAAUACUUUGCCAAUAAUUGAGCACUUUGAGCAGCAGAACAUAGUGUAUAAAGUAAACAGUAUGCAGACACCAGAUAAAGUAGCUAAAGAUACUGAGGAAAUUUUAGCCAAAAUAGGAUGGUUACAUGAUUUGUAAAAACAUAUGCAAUGAUCUCUGGGAGACCGAGAUUUGUACCCAAUCGCAACCUAACAUUUUACAGCUAGAAGAGUAUAUAUUUUAUGAAAGGAUUUUCUUUAUAGGGACCCCAUGAAAACUGUGAAUUGCAUUUAUUUGCAUUUAUGAAAAUAUUACUUUUCAUUGCAGAUACAUGGUUAUAAUUGAUAUGCAAUGGGUAAUAUAAUAUUCAUUAUGCAUUCUUUAAUUUUAUAUAAAAUCGUGGCAAAUAUUUUAAAACUUCUAUCUGUCUUUGUAUAA